GCUUGUUUUCCUCCGGGUCUCCUCUGUGUUCCGCGGCUCCUCGAGUGUUUUCCUCCCCUCCCCCGGUCAUUCCGUCGGUGUUCCUCCGUUCACAAGCUGGAAAGUCAGGCUUUAUUAACGAUGAGGAAGAGCGGAGCGGAGUGACACGUCGGUAAAAGUGGCAGAUGAAGGAGCCCAUUGAGACGAUGAGAGGAUGAAGCCGCUGCUGUGGGUCGUUGUUGUUGCUCUGCGGACUCUUACUGGGAGCUGUGGGAGCGGCGUGCUGUUCACGAAGCACCCGUCCAAUCAGACGGUGUCUCAGGGGAACGAGGUGAGGCUGGGCUGCGCUGUGGAAGGCCUGACCGAACCGGACAUCAUCUGGAUGAAGGACGGGGAGAAGCUGUACAGCACGGAUCAGGUCUUCCUCAUCCUGGGAGAGCAGCACUGGGAGACGUCCCACAGUGUGAAGUCGGUCCAGCAGCAGGAUGCUGGUCAGUAUUGGUGUGUGGUGGAGUCCCACGGUCAGAUGUUCUCCUCUGAACGAGCCUGGAUAACAGUUGAAGGCGUCCCUCACUUCACCCAGGAACCUCAGGAUGUGGCAACGUUCCCCAACAUCCCCUUUAACCUCUCUUGUGCCGCUGUCGGCCCCCCUGAGCCUGUGGAGGUGCUGUGGUGGCUGAAGGGAGUCCAGGAGGGAGAACCCCAACAAUCACCCUCUGUCCUCCAUGUCCCAGGUGUGAACAGCAGCAUCAAGUUUUACUGCGAAGCGAAGAACGCCAGAGGAAUCUCUGUGUCCAGAACCGGAACCGCUCAUAUUAAAGUGUUGCCAGCAGCUCCGGUGGACCUCCAGCUUCUCAGGAUUACAGACAACAAUGUUACAUUGUCAUGGAAACCAGGAUUCAUGGGUUACUCCGAACUGUCCACGUGUGUGAUUCAGGUGGUGCGGGUGUCGGGGCGCCGGUGGAACCUCCCCCAGCAGGAGGUGCAGGUUCCUCCUCACAUCCACACGCUAACAGGCCUGAGGAGUCACUCCAACUACAGCCUGAGGGUCUCCUGUGCGAACGAGGUGGGAGCCUCCCCGUUUUCCCCGUGGCUGACCUUCAUCACCCCGGAGUCAGUGCCCUCUGUGGCCCCCAGGAACCUGAGCUUUGUGCUGUCAGGGCAGAAUCUGUCUCUGCAGUGGGCCAGGCUGAAGGAGGAUGAGCUGCAGGGGAAACUGCUGGCCUACAAGCUGCAGUGGACUCAUGGAGGAGAACCUCAGGAACCUCUUCUGUUUAAGGAGAACUCUACUCCAACGUUAGACGCAGCCCGUUUCUUCAACGCCUCCAUCCAGGUGGCAGCCUGCACCGCGGUUGGCUGUGGGCCCUGGAGCCCCUCGGUGCUGGUGAUGCCUGCCUCAGCUCCUGUCCAGGUGCAGCGGAGCCGCAUGUGGGUGGGACUGCUGCUCGGCCUGCUGGUGGCCACCAUCGUUGGGCUGCUGCUCACCAUCGCAGCUCAGCGCAGAGAGAAGGAAACAAAGUUUGGUUCGGCCUUUAAAGCUCCUGGUCCAGAGAGUUCGGUGUUCUUCACUGCUGCUCGGUCGUUCAGCAGAAACGUGGCUGAUCUGCACGAGUCCACCUUGGACAGUCUCUGCAUCAGCAGUGAGCUGAAGAACAAGCUGCAGGAUGUGUUGAUUUCAGAGAGACUUCUUACUCUGGGCCACAUGCUGGGAAAAGGUGAGUUUGGUUCAGUACGUGAAGCCAUUCUGAAGACUGAUGACUCAUCGAUGCAGAAGGUGGCUGUCAAAGUGCUGAAAUCUGACAUCACCUCCUCAGGUGACAUUGAACAGUGUCUAAAGGAGGCUGCAUAUAUGAAGGACUUCCACCAUCCCAAUGUCAUCAAGCUCAUUGGAGUGAGUCUGCACCGGCGUCCUGGCCAGCGGCUGCCAAUCCCAAUGGUGGUCCUGCCAUUUAUGAAGCACGGGGAUCUGCACACCUUCCUGCUGUUGUCCCGUUUGGGGGAUGAGCCAUUUGACCUCUCUCUCCAGACGCUGGUGCAGUUCAUGCUGGACAUCGCUCGGGGGAUGGAGUAUCUGAGCAGCAAGAGCAUCAUCCACAGAGACCUGGCCGCCCGAAACUGCAUGUUGAACGAGAACAUGUCUGUGUGUGUGGCAGACUUUGGGCUCUCUAAGAAGAUCUACAGUGGAGAUUAUUACCGUCAGGGCUCUGUUUCCAAACUGCCUGUCAAGUGGAUCGCUCUAGAGAGCUUGGCAGACAAUGUGUACACCACUCAGAGCGAUGUGUGGGCGUUUGGUGUGACAAUGUGGGAGAUCAUGACCCGGGGUCAGACUCCAUAUCCUGGAGUGGAAAACUCUGAGAUCUAUGAGUUUCUGAUCAAAGGAGAGCGUCUGAAGAAACCUGCAGACUGCAGAGAGGACAUUUAUGAGAUCAUGCACAGAUGCUGGAGCCCGGUCCCCAAAUGCCGUCCCAGUUUCCCGCAGCUGGUCAUUCAGCUGGAGACGCUGCACCUGUCCCUGUCCCCUGCCGCCCCUCUGAAGGAGCCUUUGCUCUACAUCAACCUGGAAGGGGACAACAGCGAGACAGACAGAGAGGAAGGAGCUGUGGGGGCCCGGAUCCUGGGACCGGAGGCCGCAGCGGAGGGUUCCAACUGGAGCGUCCCCUGGCAGCGCCGAGCAGAGGACGAGGAGAAGGACUGGCUCAUGGUGGGCUCUGGGGCCGCGCUGGCCAUCGGCGGGGACUACAGGUACAUCGUGGGCCCCUGUGGAGCCAUUGCUGAGGAAGCAGAGGAGGUGGGCUCUGUGGGAAGAAGAGGGGAUUUAGCAAACGGACCAGUUGAUGAGCUACGGGACGAAGACGAUGACGUCGUAAUUAACGUUUGAUCGAUUGACCUGGCAUGGCCCAGAUUUGCUCCUCUCUCCUGACCGGCUGUUCGCUUUAUAUCUGAGAGUGGCUGCAGUCGGUAGAGACCAGGCAAGGUACUAAAGGACCAACUCUCCCAGGCGAAGUGACCUUCAUCUGUUGCCAGCACACAAACACAUUCCUGGCGUGUCGUCGAGUGAGUCUGGUUGAGGAGCUCAGAAUCUCUUGAGCCGUUUCAGAGAUUUGCCUGUAAAAGGAUGAAAUAUUUUUUUGGUUCCAGCUUCCGAGGCAGAAAAAAUGAACUUAAAUACCUUAGUGUAUCACUAGUUUAUCAUGAGGUCAAUAGUAGGAAUAAACAGUUUGAGAACAUUUCUCACCUCUGAGAGCUGCUAACCACCUGCUUCACGUUUGGUGAAAUAAUUAUUAGACAUGCGCCGAGAAAUCAGCUGGUGAUUCUCAGAGUCAGAUGAUCAUCAUCUGACCGGUGGCUAAAAAACUGGAUAUUUUUAGGUUCAGUAAAUGCACCACGAUGUGGAGGCUGUUACUUGUGGUAAGAACUCAAAAUAAGAUGAUUUCAGUCUCUGUGAAGAGUGAGGAAGCACAGACGUGGAAGAAACUACUUAAAAGGAAACAGUGUUUUUUACAAUUCACAGAGGGAGAGAUGUUCAGCAGACCGGUUGAACAGAGAACAAGCAAAUGGUUUCCGUUCAUCUUUUUGAGUUUUCAGAGUCUGUUGUAGAGUUUUCUCUGGACUUUUCUAGAAUAUUCCGUUCACGACUACGAUAACUGGUGCUAAUUCCUAAUCCAAGACGGUUAAAAUGUUACAGCUUGAUGCCAACUCGGCUAAUUUAAAUAAUGACUUGUGAUGACAGGGAGGAUAGGGAAAGUGCUACAACAGCAAUUUGGAAAUGAUUGAAAUCGGGAUCAGUAUGUCAAAACUCCAGAGCAGAAAUCAGCCACAGAACCAUGAUCUGUGGAUCUGUGGAGGGUAACUGUCACUGGUUAUCCGUGAUACUGAUGGUAAACGUUUGGACUUUUCCCUGUGGUUUUGCUCCAUGUUACACAAUAAUUUAAAACGAUUUUAGCUUCUUUAUUGGUGACAUUAUGAAACUUGCUCUUUCUUCUUAAGAACUGUGAAGCUACGUUGUGCCAGGAUUCUGCAUUUGGGUGAGACGUAGUCGGGUAUUGAAAAUGGUUUGGAGUUCAUCUACAAAAGUGAAGUCAGAAUUAUCUGAUGGGAGCUGAGAUCAUCUCCGCUGGUGAUUAACCGACUCCUUCUUGGAAUGAUCAAAGCAAAUCCUCUGCAGAAGACACAAGGUUCGUCCUGCUGAAGGAGCCGCCUGCUGUAAAAUCAUGAUUUGUCCGGUGUGGAAGACUUUCUACACGAACCGGUUUGUUUCCACUGGGAGAAUACGGUUACUGGAGGAGAGGCUUGGAACAGGAGGACAUACAGGGAGGCUGCACAGCUCUGCACCUGAGCUUCCUCAUCAACAAGCAAACAAGCUGAGGAAAUGGCAAGCGUCGGCAUGUUUCUUAUAUUCUUCCUUGAUAACCAGUGUACCAGCUAAUCAGGCUGGAGUACGAGGCAACAGCUGCUGCCGUGGUGACACACUGCAGGACCUAGGCAAUGAGAGAGAUGGUAUUAAAUGCAUAGUCAGUGAUAACUCAGCAGUCAGAAGGGACGGCCCAGUUAGACAUGCAGAACUUUAACAGGCAGGCAUUAAACGUGCCUCAGUAUCAGCAACAGGUGAAGAACGGUAAUGUUGCUUUUCAUUAUUUUAUUGAUAACAUUUCACACACUGUAUUUCAAUGAGUUGUCAGUAAAGCUAUUUAAUUAUGGCAGCACUAAGAACUCUGGGUAAGCUUUUAUUGUGUAGCAGAAGGCAAUGAAGGUCUGACAUGCCACUUUAAAACUAAUAGUUUUUGUUUUGCAAACAGGUUAUUUCACAAUAAUCAAAACGCUCUAGCUAGCUGUUAGCAUCUUGUAAAUCAACUUAUUUGCAUUCAAAAGCUCCCAAAUCAGACCUUUUGUCCUGGGGACUAAACUGCUUUGGUCAAGUAGUCAAAGCCUCAGCAGGUGACUAGAAGAUGAACCAGCAGCUGUUGCCUUGGUGAAAAUGUGCUGCUCUAUUUAACAUGCUAAUGUUAAUAUGCUGGUGUUGACUUUAUUAGCCCCUCUGGGACAUGAUGUAGCACAUGUGAAUAGGCUUUAGACGUGUUUUUAACCUGAAGCGUGUUCAGUCUGCUGAUCAUGGUGAACUGAACACUUGCAGUUGAAACCAGGAGUUUACAUAAAUGAAUAAAAAGACACAUUUUAAAUUUUCUCACUGUCUGAAGUUAAAUCAGAUCAAACUUCUCGUUUUAGCCUUAUCAGAAUCACUGCAUGUCUACUUGAUAAUUGCCAGUAAACAAAGUGAGGAAAAUGUUUUUAGAGAUUAUUUUGUAAUGUUUUUCAUUUUCAGAAUUUUACAUUUCUGUUGUAAGGGAUACUUGUAUUUUGAAGUGUAUGACUUGGGUCAAACCUCUUAGGUUUCCUCUCAGAUGUUUCUCACAGUAGUUUACUGGAGUUCUGAUGGUCACACCAAAACAUUGACUUUGUCGACUUAAGCCACUUUGGCCAGAUGCUUUGGGUUAUUGCCCAUUUGGAGCUUUAGCUUCCUGGCUGAUGUUUUUAAGGUUUCUACAUCAUGUUCUUUAUUCAUAAUGCCACCAGUUCCUCCUUCAUCAAAACGGCCCCACCACAUGAUGCUGCCUCCCCCAUACAUCAGUUAGAACGGUGAGGCUUCCAAGUGUCGGCCUUUACUUCCAAAUAAAGUUUCCAAGGCGAUGACAUCAUCAUCUGGGCUUCCCCUUGUUGUUUGAAGAGAUAAUCAUUCUGUAUGUAAACAUCUGAUUUCAAAGAUAUAAAUAAAUAAAUCUGUUUCAUUCUCCUAUUAUUGUGGGAUUUAGUUGUUAGAAAUAAUUUUGGUAAUUCUAACUGACCUAAAGCAAAAGCAGGUCAGUCUGAUUAAACUUCACACAGUGAGGGAAGAAAAUGUGUUUUUAUUCGGUGUAUGUAAACUUUUGGCUUUAACUGUAGCAGCUUUAGGUUUUCCUAAUGAUGUGCUGGUUGCUGCAUUGCAAGGUUUUAACUACCUUUUCUUAACCUUUCUGUAAAUCACUGACUUCAGAUCUGUGGGGAAUACUGAGGUGGGCUGAACUUGUAAAAAAUAAAGUGUUACUGGUG